AUGUAUCCUGACUUGCUGUUUGAGGGCAUUUCGUUAUGUCCGACAACUCUACUAGCUCGCUUUGAGCAGCCCGAGUGUAAGCUGAACAAGUCUAUACGUCAAGACGAAGCACUAUUGUAUCAUGCAGCUUCGUUGGCAGUCACAGAGGCCAAUGAUGGAGUUAAUGUAGUGCAGCACAGUGACCCCAUUAAUGAGUUUUAG